CAUCUAUCCAAGUUACGGUCUCAGCACUCUGCUCUGCCCACAAAACCAACCUGAUUGAGAUUUUCCCGAGAAACUUACGUUUUCCGAUUUUAGGUCGCGAAACUCGAGGAGUUCAUUCAUGGCGCCUCCAAUUCUCUCCUUAGUUCUUCCCUCCGAGACCGGUCGAAUACUCAGCAUUCAAUCUCACACAGUCCAGGGUUAUGUUGGAAAUAAAUCAGCUGUCUUCCCACUGCAACUUUUGGGCUAUGACGUGGAUCCAAUUAAUUCUGUGCAGUUUUCAAAUCACACAGGGUACCCAACUUUCAAGGGUCAUGUUUUGAACGGACAGCAACUCUGGGAUCUAAUGGAAGGCCUUGAAGCUAAUGAUUUGUUGUACUACACUCACUUAUUAACGGGCUAUAUUGGUUCAGUUUCUUUUCUCAACACUGUAUUGGAGGUUGUCAGCAAGCUUCGCUCAAUAAACCCUGAACUUACGUAUGUAUGUGAUCCAGUGAUGGGUGAUGAAGGAAAGCUUUAUGUUCCACAAGAGCUGGUGGUAGUGUAUCGUGAGAGGGUUGUUCCAGUAGCUUCAAUGUUGACUCCCAACCAGUUUGAAGCAGAACUACUGACCGGAUUCAGGAUUCAGUCUGAAGGAGAUGGUCGGGAAGCUUGUAACUUCCUUCAUGCAGCUGGACCAUCAAAGGUUGUAAUUACAAGUAUAAAUAUAGAUGGGAAUCUUCUUCUCAUUGGCAGCUAUCAAAAGGAAAAGGGACAUCCUCCCAAACAAUUUAAGAUCGUGAUUCCCAAAAUUCCAGCUUAUUUUACGGGAACAGGAGAUCUCACGACUGCCCUUCUUCUUGGUUGGAGCAAUAAAUAUCCGGACAACCUUGAGAAGGCUGCAGAACUUGCAGUAUCAAGCUUGCAGGCACUUUUGCAAAGAACACUUAAUGACUACAAAAGGGCUGGACAUGAUCCCCAGUCAACCAGUUUAGAGAUCAGAUUAAUUCAAAGCCAGGAAGAUAUUCGCAAUCCACAAGUCAAAUUUAAAGCUGAAAUGUACAGCUAAAUCCAUCAUAUGAUUUGGACGUGAAUGCCUAUUGUAUUCAAACUUUGAGAGGGGGUGUUAAGAAAAUAUGAACAUUAAGAAGAAAAGUGGAUUCUUCACCCAUUUAUUGAUUAAAUAUAGAAA